ACAAGAGAUGUUUUCAAACAUGGAGACCAAAACUGUGAAGCGCUCGAACCUUCUCCGUCAUGGCUUUUCACUUCAUUUGGUUCUUACCUUGGGUUCAAUUGGUUUUACAUGUUACUCAUUGAACCGACUGGACAGCCGUUUAACAGCUAUUGAGCAGAAUUUGAUGUUGAAAAGCAUUCCAUAUCGGCAUGAAAAUGGUGUGACUGUUAAAACCACAUCUUCGAACGCGCUAGGACGUGGAUCGAAGACGAAUGACCAAAUCGUCAAAAGAGAUAUUUCUUCUCCAUCCAUCUGUGGCAAGUGUAGAAGUGUUUGUUCCAACUUGAAUCAACAGCAAAAUAAUAAGACACAGGAUCAAGGUCAUGACAAGAUCGUUUGCAUGGAAGGUCGCACUGGACCUCAAGGUCCACCAGGCCCUCGCGGUUUUCCUGGACCAGGAGGUCCCAAGGGACCUCCCGGUAGAAAAGGAAGAAAAGGAACGAGAGGGCCCCCGGGUCCUCAAGGGAAGCGCGGAGUUCAAGGACUUUCAGGACCCCCUGGAAAAACAACAACUUCAAAGAGGGGAAGCGAUGGACCCCAAUUAGAAAAACCACAUUUCAUCACAAAACUUUCCUCUUUGACGGUUAAGGAAAAGCAAAAUGUGAUAUUAUCCUGUACGGCAGCUGGGUUUCCAAAUCCCAAAAUAACGUGGUAUAAAAAUGGACGGGCGAUUGAGCACGAGAGGAAACAAUUCGAAGAAGGAAAACUGGAAUUAAGAAAUAUCCUUUUUGAAGAUCGCGGUCUUUAUACCUGCACCGCGGAGAAUAUAUUGGGUAGAAUCACAACAUCUUCAAAUGUCACAGUACAAGUACCAACAAAAUUCGUGAUUAAACCAGAGAUAUCAGUGACAGCUUACACAACAUGGGACUUUACUCUAACAUGCGACAUAUUUGGCUACCCUACCCCUGUAGUAACGUGGACACGAACGCAGAGUGAACUUCCUGUCACUAGACAUGUCAUUUCUAGCAACAAGCUGACUAUUCUUAACGCGACAAAAAACGAUUUUGGUGCCUAUCUUUGCCAAGGGCGGAAUCCGUUACAAAGUGUGAUAGGAGUGAUAUGGGUCGUAGUUAAAGAUCCAGUGAAUCCUUACAUUGUGUCAAGUCCUGCAAGUAAAAUACAGGUUCAGCAUGUUGGUGAAUCUGUCAACUUAAGUUGUUCCGCGGGUGGUACACCUUUACCGAAAAUCCAGUGGAUCAAGGAUGGACGUCGAGUAAUAUCACUAGCAGAACAUGACAGGAAUGGUUUGAGAUGGGGUGAGCUCGUCAUUCAUCAGUUAAGGCCGAACGAUGCUGGGAACUACACAUGUCUAUUUUUUAAUGAAAAGAAUGCUACAGCCGAAGCCAAUACAGUUUUGGUCUUAAACAAUUGUGACAAUCCUGGUUCACCGACUAAUGGACAAAAGCAUGGCUCGCGCUACUGGACAGGAGAACGUGUUUCCUUCACAUGCAUGCCGGGAUAUCGGCUCAUUGGGCCGUCCGUGAGAUUAUGUCUUCCUUCCGGUCAAUGGAGUGGAGUACAACCUUCAUGUCACAGAGUUUGUCCUCCACUGAAUAAACUGGAAAAUGGCUUUCCUCAUGGACAGCAAAACUGGGAAGGGGAACGCAUUUCAUUCAGUUGUAAGCCAGGUUACUGGCUAAGGGGACCAUCAGAACGUCACUGCUUGGGUAACGGGUCAUGGACAGGAGAGAUGCCAAGUUGCAUAUUUGUGGAUCCUGGCAAUACCUACGCUCUGUAUUUCCCUCGAAAAGGAACCAGCGAUUAUGUUAUCUCAACAAAAAUGCCUAGCCUUGAUGCUGUGACAGUUUGUUUGUGGAUGAAAACAACUGCAGGAAACGAAGGAUGCCCGCUGAGCUACGCCAUUUCUUCCCAAUACAACGAACUGAUUCUACAUGACUAUAGGAGUUUUCAUAUCUGGGUAGGAGGCUCAAACAGUCAUACGUCUGUAUCAGCAAAUGAUGGAGACUGGCAUCACAUUUGCAUAACAUGGGAGAAUAUUGCUGGAUCGUGGCAAUUGUUCAAGGAUGGUCGAAUUGCCGCUUCAGGUCGCGGCCUGGCGAAAGGUCACUGGAUCCGCGGAGCUGGGCUACUGCUAUUAGGACAAGAGCAAGACUCACUGGGAGGAAGUUUUGACGCACAGCAAAGUUUCAUCGGUGAACUGACAGGUGUCAACGUCUGGGGUCACGUGUUAAGAGGUGAUGAAAUCACGCGCAUGUCUAGGGUGUGCCUGACAGGGGAUGGGGACAUAAUUCAAUGGCGAAACUUUAAAGCUAAUGUGCGAGGCUCAGUGCACUCAAUUGACCCUUCCUGCUAAAGUUCAAAAUCCAAAGGAGAUGAAAAGUAUACUGGCGAAACGUCCGUCGCGAUCCGCAUCAAAAAUAACUCCAAUGUUUACAUAACACAGUUAGCUAAUUAGAUUCUCUUUAAAUUAAUCACAUUUUCAUAAAAUAAAAUACAAUUAUAAAAGAAUCAAACCACAAAGAAGCAACUGAUAGAACACAGUCAAAGAAGGUAAAGUCCGUAUCCGAGCCUAUUGCCCCCUACCCACCCUCCAGACUGAGCUAAUUCCGGUUUCCCUAUGGCAUGAAGCGUCUAGAAGUGUAGCUACUCUCCCCUGGAUGAGAUGCCAGUCCAUCGCAAGUUCACGUUUCGCCGGUACCCAUUUUUUUUCCCUGCGGGGGGUAGGGAGGCACUGAGAGUAAAGUUUCACGCCCAAGAACUCAACACAGUGACCUGGCCAGGUCUCGUAACCAGACCUCUCUAGUCCAGUGUGCUGACCAUUAGGCCACUGUGUCUCCCACACGGUCAAAGCAGGACGUGAUUAAUACUGAGAGAAGCAGUAGUGCUCUUUAAAAUAGUGUGCAAUAUACUCCCAAAACUUUGCUUUAUAGCGGAAAUGUAUGUGGAGCGUUUUUAUUAGGCUUGUGAUGAUAGUGAAUGUAAAUUUUUAUGAUUUUUGUUACUAUUAUUAUUUUCCCCUGCAUAUGACCGAAUAUACUUAAAGUAAUAAAAAAAUGUUUGACCUAUA